GAGUGAGGGAUAACGGUUUCCGGUAGUGGUCUCCCGACGGGAGGGGGAGGGGGAGGAGGAGGGAGCGAGGCCGUUUGCGGUGGCCCUCGCCGCUGGUACCCCAAGAUGAUGGACUGCGGGGAGUCCGAGCUGGAGUCUCUAAGAGGCGGAGAUGCCCUGGCGGCCCCAGGACCACCCCCUGAGCCCCGAGCCCCGGAACCCCGCGUCCCAGUGCCCGAGCCCGGUCUAGACUUGAGCCUGAGCCCGCGGUCCGAGAGCCCCGAGCCGCGGAGCCGCAGCCCUGGGCGGCGGAAGGGACAGGCGGGGCGGCGGGAAGCGGCCCGCAGGGGGAGACAGGUCCGCUUCCGCCUGGCUCCGUCCUCCCCGGGCCGCCCUGAGCCGCCGCCCGCCGCCCCGAGCGAGGCGCACGCGCUGGAGGCGCCCGCGCCGCGGAGCAGCCUGGCCUUGAGCGCCGAGCUGCAGGCGGCCCGGGCCGCAGCCUCGGGACCGUUUGAUGCCGCUAAGGCCGUGGAGGAGCAACUGAGGAAGUCCUUCCAGACCCGCUGCGGCCUGGGGGAGAGCGUGGCCGAGGGGCUGAACGUGCCGCGCUCCAAGCGGCUCUUCCGAGACCUGGUGAGCUUGCAGGUGCCGGAGGAACAGGUUCUCAGCGCGGCGCUGCGGGAGAAGCUGGCGCUCCUGCCGCCGCAGGCCCGAGCCCCGCCCCCGAAGGAGCCUCCCGGGCCAGGGCCAGACAUGACCAUGCUGUGCGACCCAGACACACUGUGUUACGAAUCUCCCCACCUGAGCCUGGACGGGCUGCCCCCUCUCCGACUCCAAGCCCGGCCUCGCCCUUCGGAGGACACCUUCCUCAUGCACCGGACGUUAAGGCGGUGGGAAGCUUAGACCUCUGGAUUGCCAUUUUGUGUUAAAACCGUUUUAGAGAAUAAAGUGGUUGUUAGAUAA